AUGUAUAGCAUAGCCCUGAGGGAAAUGAUUAAUGAUGAGGAAGAAAAACAAAAACAAAAAUCAAUCAGAAGACAACUCAGAGAUUCUUCAAACCCUUUGGAGUUGCGUGAGCCAUUAUUUCAUCAACACUAUCGAGUAAAUAAAGAAGCCUUCAAAUAUUUGUUGGAUGUUCUUUCCAGUUCCUUGCCCCCAGUAAAACAAAAAUUUGGUGUGCCCCCAAUUAUAAAACUUGCAGCCACCUUACGUUUCCUUGCGGAGGGCGGGUACCAAAAGGGAGUUGGGAAGGACCAUGAAGUUGGGUUGGCACAACCAUCUGUAAGCCUUAUUAUGGCUGAAGUGUUGAACGUGUUGGAGGAGAGGCUUUGUCCAGAAUGGAUAAAGUGGCCAACACAAAACGAAUGUAGAAGAAUCAGCCAAGAUUUCUUCAUGAAAUUCAAUAUGCCAAGCAUAAUAGGAUGUGUAGAUGGAACACAUGUCAACAUUAUAUCGCCAUCACACAACAAACACCUUUUUUAUAACAGGAAAGAUUUGUGA